AUGGCUGGGUCCCGUAGGAGUCCGGUGUUGAGAGACCAGUGGAGUGCCGACCCAGACCGCGACGCCCACUUUAGGGACAGUCGCAGAGGUCGAGGGUCUCAUCGAGAUCGGGGCAGAAACCGCCAUCGUGAUCGAGGUCGUCCAUCAAGGCCCAACCCCAAUGAACAUCGUUUCGACUAUCCUGCUCGCUCGCCACCUGCAUCUACACACAUGUCCCACCUCGGCCCUGAUUCAUCUUUCGCCCCAGGUGACUCUGCCCUCAGUCGCUCGCCACCUCGUGGCUCCUCUGGCCCCUCUCCUGGAUUUUAUGAGAAUCGACGACCGGACCAGAAUCGACAUCCUUCACCCGGAGACUGGAACGAUCAUCCAUCAGGAACUAUGAACGGUGGAGGCCCGGGUUUUCGACGAGAUGACUCCCCAUCUGGGCCCCCAUCCAAACGCAAAAGAACCCGCAGCCCCUCCCCCCGUGGCCAACGUGGUCCCUUCCCUCCUCGCCGCUCUUCGUUUUCGAAGCCCGGAGACCGCCGCGACCGCAGUCCCUCCUAUAAAAACCGAGGAGGACGGUUUCCAGGGCGUGGUGGCCCUAGACGAAGAUCUCCGCGUCGGGGUCGUGGAGACCGUCGUGGAAAAGACCGCCGCCGCUCUGAUCUCCCACGGUUAGAUCGGGACCGAUCUAGGUCACCUAUGCGUGGCCGAGGAUACCAUCCAUCACCAGAACGUCGCUCUCGGCCGCCGAGUGGCGAUGGUUAUAGUGACAGAGGCUCUCGUUACAGAUCUCGCUCUUUAUCUCGGCAUUCUGCAGGCUCGAGGAGAUCAUUACAUUCCAUACCUGUACCAGUUGAUGAGGGGAUGAAUUCAGUUCUACCAAGUAGGUCUGUCUCGGGUCGCUCCCCAUCACCGCGUCCAAUCCCGAGUUUCGAUGACAGUCAGCGUGGUACACUUCCAAUACAUGGGAUGCGGCAAUCAGAUGUGCCAAAUAAGCAACGCCGUCGUUCGCGACCACAUAUUGACCCUCAACAUUAUUCAGCUUCGCCGCAGUUUACGUCGACCAGUUCAUGCCAUGGUUCUCCCCCACCUACUUCUCCAUCUGGUGGAAGGUCUGGUUGGAACGGCCAAAAUUCUUAUCCCGCUCCUGGACCCUCUUCACCUUACCGACAAGAUAAUUACUACUCUCAAAAUGCUUCUUCGGGACAAUCCCAUCAAAUGCAUCAAUCAUUCGAUGGUCCGCCGAAUAAUCACUCUCAGUCUUAUAGCGGAUCGCCCUACCGCGGAGGCCACUCUGGCUUUCGCGGAAACCUUGCAAACCAAGGCCCAGAUCGUCGAUACUCUGGGUCUGGUCCUCACCAAUAUAACAAUGGACCAUCCCAACACGGUGGCAGAGGCAACUUCAAUAACUUCCAGUGGACCUCACGUGGUCGUGGUGGGCAUCAGAGUCCCCGGCCACUGCAUUCUCAUGGCCCCCAAACGCCUACCCACCCGUCAUCAAUCAACGAUCCCCAAUCACCACGGGCGCUCGAGCAUGAACACAACUCUCGCCCCAUAAACAACAGAGACGUCCAACGAGAGGACUAUCGAGCCCCGCUAAUAGAGAGCGGCGAUGGCCAAGGUGAUCUCCGGAUAAUGCCACCCCCAGCUCAUGACCAAGAGGCUUCAACCCCAGCAGACAAAGGUGGGAAGUUCAGUUUCGCUUUCAAAGCGAAGACGACUCCCACUACUGCUCCAAAACCGGUGCCAGAUCUGGCACAACGGAUGCAAGUCCUCGAUGCGCCACCCCGUGCGCCUGCAUCGGAGGCUUCGUCUCCUCGCAAUCGCUUAACCAACGGUCCCUUGCCGAAAUUCAAGCCGGAGCCCCGAGUAGAUCGCCGCGAAAGAGAACGUGGACGGGACCGGGGACGAGACCGGGACCGCAGGAAUCCUCGCGACUCACGAGAUUUCCAAGAUACUCGCGAACGCCAAGACGACCGCCGGUUCGAUCAGCGUCGUGAUCGACGAAGGGGUGAUCGCCGCCCUGACUUUCGGCCAGAUCGCCGCAAGGAUCCUUCGCCAGAGCCUCCAAGUGAGCCGCCCAAGCGGACAAAGAUCCUUACCCGUUACAAGGAACGUCCGACGUUACCUGCGCACUACGCCGCUGUCGAUUCGGUGUACUACCGGAAGCCUGGGAAUGAAUCUGUGAUUGGUGCCGGUACUUACGGCAAAGUCUUCAAGGGCAUCCACGUGUUCACUAAGCGCGAAGUAGCUUUGAAGAAGAUCCGAAUGGAAGGCGAGAAAGAUGGAUUCCCCGUUACAGCCGUGCGAGAAAUCAAGCUCCUUCAGCACCUUCGAAGUCACAAUGUGGUCAGUCUUUUGGAAGUCAUGGUUGAAAAGAAUGAGUGCUUCAUGGUCUUUGAGUAUCUUUCGCAUGAUUUGACGGGUCUGAUCAACCAUCCGGAUUUCACUCUCAACCUGGCUCACAAGAAGGACUUGGCCAAGCAGAUGUUUGCAGGGUUGAAUUUCCUACACCACCGCGGUGUUCUGCAUCGAGACAUCAAGGCUGCUAACAUUCUGAUCAGCAACACCGGACUGUUGAAGUUUGCGGACUUUGGUCUGGCCCGGUUCUUUUCGAAGAGCCACAAGAUGGACUACACCAACCGUGUGAUUACGAUUUGGUACCGACCACCGGAGCUUCUUCUGGGCGAGACGCGGUACGGCCCCGCUGUUGACGUAUGGAGUGCUGCAUGUGUCUGCAUGGAGAUGUUCACCAAGAAGGCCGUUUUCCCUGGUGAUGGGGGUGAAAUCAGUCAACUUGAUAAGAUCUACAAUUGUUUAGGUACUCCCACUCUGGCUGAGUGGACAGAUUUCGUGGAAAUGCCGUGGUUUCAGAUGAUGCGCCCCCAGGAGCGCAAAAAGCGGGCUUUUGAGGACAUGUACCGAGAGAUGUUGACUCCCGCGGCAAUGGAUUUAAUCUCGUCAGUGUUCCAGUACGACCCUGCCAAGCGGCCUACCGCCGAGCAGGUACUGCAACAUCCCUACUUCCUGGCUGAGGAACCAGCUCCUCAGCAGGCCAUUGAGUUGGAAUUUAUGGAAGGGGAUUGGCACGAAUUUGAAUCGAAGGCGCUUCGCAAGGAGGCUCGUCGCGUCGAGGCGCAGGCGCAGAGCCAAAAGGACCGAGAGAAGCGCAAGGCUGAGGGCUCGAGUGAUCGUGACCCUAAGCGGACGCGGGCGGACAUGCCCUGA